AUGGGCAAACAACAAAUUGCUGUAAUGCCUAAUGCAUAUAUGCUUAGGGAUGAACACGAAAAAUCGAAUAGGGCUGGCGAGGACAGAUUGGGCUUAGAUCUCAUGGAUAAUAAUGACACCGAAAUAUCCAGUCCUCAUUCUGAAGUAGAUAAUGAAUCAAAUCUUAAUACGGUGCCCUAUUCAAGGUUCAGUCAUAACCAAAAAAUGCUUCUUGUCGUUCAGUGCGCCUUCACUGGCUUUUUUUCAACCGUGGCAGGGUCCAUCUACUAUCCUGUGCUUACUAUUAUUGAGAGGAAAUUUAACAUUACUGAAGAGUCAGCUAAUUUCACUAUUGUGGUUUAUUUUAUCUUCCAAGGGCUGGCACCUUCAAUCAUGGGUGGUUUAGCUGAUACAUUUGGAAGGCGGCCUGUUGUAUUAUGGGCAAUCUUAACCUACUUCUGUGCUUGCAUUGGACUGGCAUGUUCACAUGAUUAUGCUCAAAUCCUGGCUCUGAGGUGUUUACAAGCAGCAGGUAUUUCUCCCGUUAUCGCAAUAAAUAGUGGAAUAAUGGGAGAUGUAACGACAAAGGUAGAGAGGGGUGGUUAUGUUGGAUUAGUUGCAGGCUUCCAAGUCGUCGGGACUGCAUUCGGUGCAUUGAUUGGUGCCGGUUUAUCAUCGAGGUGGGGUUGGAGGGCAAUUUUUUGGUUUCUGGCUAUUGGUUCCGGAAUUUGUCUAGUUUUUUCGACUCUAUUGUUGCCAGAAACAAAGAGGACUUUGGUGGGAAACGGUUCCGUAACACCGAAGUCUUUUUUGAAUAGGUCUUUAAUAUUACAUGUUGAUGCUGUAAGAAAAACGCUACAUUUAGAUGAGCCUGAUUUGGACGCGUUAGAACCACGCACUAAAGUAGACUUUUUGGCAUCUUUAAAAAUUUUGCACAUACGAGAAAUAGAUAUUUUAUUGUCUAUCGCUGGCCUGCAAUUUUCCACGUGGACCACUCAUCAAACAGCUUUAACAACUGUAUUGAGCAAAAAAUACAAAUUAUCAGUUUCAAAAAUUGGUCUUUGCUUUUUACCUGCAGGAAUUUCAACACUGACAAGCAUUAUCUCGGCUGGUCGAUAUUUAAAUUGGAGCUAUAGAACAAGGAAGGUUAAGUAUAACAGAUGGAUUAAAGAACAAGAAUUGCAGCUGAUGGAGCAAUAUAAAGGUGACCAAAAUAAAGUAGCGGAAUCUAUUCACUCAAAUUCUCACUAUACGUUCAAUUUGGUAGAAGCAAGGUUGCAUCCAGCAUUUGUGACACUUCUCUUCAGUAGCAUUGGCUUUACCGCAUUUGGGUGGUGUAUUUCGGUGAAAGCUCCUCUCGCUGCCGUUUUGUGCACAAGUGCAUUUGCAAGUUUGUUUUCAAAUUGUAUUUUAACUUUCUCUACUACUUUGAUUGUGGAUCUCUUUCCAUCUAAGGCUUCUACUGCAACAGGUUGCUUAAAUUUAUUUAGAUGUCUUUUAUCCGCAAUUUUCAUUGCGGCACUGACUAAGAUGGUCGAGAAGAUGAAGUAUGGUGGUGUUUUUACAUUUUUGAGUGCCAUGACUUCAUCUUCGUCCUUUUUAUUAUUUUAUCUUCUGAAGAAUGGGAAACAACUAUCGUUCGAUAGGAUUAGGGCAAAUGAUAAGUCGGCUGAAAGGUCGGCUGGUAAAAAUUCUGAAAAAGUUCCGACAUGA